ACUCUGCUCAAAAGCCUCAAACACAACAACAGACCUUCCUUGGUCUCUUCUCUUUUCUCGGCCUCUGUCUCUGUCGCCACUCACACUCUCUCUUGAAAAAAAAAAAAACUAACAUUCUUUACUUUCUCUCUCUACCUCACCUGCCAAAAACUAAUUCCCGCGCUUUCAUUCUUUCCUCCGACCAGAUCCGCCGUUCAGAUCUUUCUGAUCCACCGAGAACGCUCUUCAACCCUCCGAUGUGCUGACUUUGACUCCUUUACUCUGAUCACAUACACCGCCGGUGGAAAAAACUUCAAAAUUACGCAAACUUUUCACCAAUCAUGGGGCAGUGCUACGGCAAGACUAAUCCCUCGCCGGAAACUGACGCCGCCGCGAUUCCCAGCUCCGACGACCUUCCUCCGCCGUCAGUCACGCCCUCGGUGAAGAACACUCCGGCGAGAGCUUUAUUGUCGCCGUGGCGGAGCCCUUACCCUCACGGAGGUGGCGUGACACCGUCUCCGGCUAGGACAGCGACGCCGAGGAGGAUUUUCCGGCGGCCUUUUCCACCUCCGUCUCCCGCGAAGCAUAUUCGUGCGUCGUUGGCGAAGCGACUGGGGCGAGGCGCGGUGGCGGCGAGGGCAAAGGAGGGGACUAUACCGGAGGAGGGAGUGGCGGCGGCGGAGGAAGAGGAGGAGGUGCUGGAUAAGAGGUUUGGAUAUGGAAAGAAUUUUGGUGCAAAGUAUGAGAUUGGGAAGGAAAUUGGGAAAGGGCAUUUUGGUCAUACUUGUUAUGCAAGGUGUAAGAAAGGUGAAUUCAAGGACCAAGCUGUAGCAGUUAAAAUCAUUUCCAAGUCUAAGAUGACGACAGCGAUAGCAAUAGAAGAUGUUCGGAGAGAGGUGAAGAUCUUAAAAGCUCUAUCUGGCCAUAAGCAUCUGAUCAAAUUUCAUGAUGCUUUUGAGGAUGCCAACAAUGUGUACAUAGUAAUGGACAUUGUAACAAAUGGCCUCGGGGAGCUUCUUGACAGGAUUUUGUCAAGGGGAGGAAAGUAUCCGGAGGAGGAUGCCAAAGCUAUAGUUUUGCAGAUUCUAAGCGUAGUUGCUUUUUGUCAUCUUCAGGGCGUCGUGCACCGUGACCUAAAACCGGAGAAUUUCCUCUUUACUUCAAAAAGUGAAGAUGCUGAUAUGAAGCUUAUUGAUUUCGGUUUAUCGGAUUUCAUCCGGACAGACGAACGACUAAAUGACAUUGUUGGGAGUGCAUAUUAUGUUGCACCAGAGGUACUUCACAGGUCAUAUAGUGUGGAAGCAGAUAUAUGGAGUAUCGGUGUGAUUACAUAUAUCUUGUUAUGUGGAAGUCGACCAUUCUGGGCACGAACAGAAUCUGGAAUUUUCCGUUCAGUGCUCAGAGCUGAUCCUAACUUCGAAGAUUUACCUUGGCCUUCUGUGUCUGCGGAGGCCAAGGACUUUGUAAAGAGGCUCCUAAACAAGGACUACAGGAAAAGAAUGACGGCCGUCCAAGCUCUAACUCACCCUUGGUUGAGGGAUGAAAACCGCGUCAUCCCUCUCGAUAUAUUAGUUUAUAAACUAGUGAAGUCCUAUAUACAUGCAACACCAUUCAGACGAGCAGCAUUAAAGGCUCUUUCAAAGGCUUUGACAGAAGACGAAUUUCCCUAUCUUAGAGCGCAAUUCAAAUUGUUGGAACCAAAUCGAGACGGCCACGUAUUACUCGACAAUUUCAAAAUGGCCCUUAUACGCCAUGCAACCGAUGCCAUGAGGGAGUCAAAGGUUCUUGAUAUUAUACACGCGAUGGAACCACUUGCAUACAGAAAGAUGGACUUUGAAGAAUUCUGUGCAGCUGCAGUUAGCAUAUAUCAAUUGGAAUCACUUGAAAAGUGGGAAGAUAUUGCUUCAAAUGCUUUUGAGCACUUUGAGAGAGAGGGUAACCGUGUAAUUUCAGUUGAAGAAUUAGCAAGAGUAAGUGCUAUUUCAUUCUUUUCUUAUACUAAUCUUCUAACGUUUUUCCAACCUUGUUAAAUAAUGGAUUAGUUC